AUGCCGGCCACUGAGAGACCCCCGCAAACCCUCUACGACAAGGUGCUGUCGCACCACGUCGUGGACGAGAAGCUCGACGGCACAAUCCUCCUCUACAUCGACAGACAUUUGGUCCACGAGGUGACAUCACCGCAAGCGUUUGAGGGCCUCAAGAAUGCCGGCCGCAAGGUCCGGAGACCGGACUGCACCCUGGCCACCACCGACCACAAUGUGCCGACCACGUCCCGCAAGGCCCUGAAGGACAUUGCCUCCUUCAUCGACGAAGACGACUCGCGCACCCAGUGCGUCACCCUCGAGGAGAACGUCAAGGACUUUGGCCUGACGUACUUUGGCCUGGGCGACAAGCGCCAGGGCAUUGUCCACGUUAUCGGACCCGAGCAGGGCUUCACCUUGCCCGGCACCACUGUCGUCUGCGGCGACAGCCACACCUCGACGCAUGGCGCGUUCGGCGCCCUGGCCUUUGGCAUUGGCACCAGUGAGGUCGAGCACGUCCUUGCCACGCAGUGCCUCAUCACCAAGCGCUCCAAGAACAUGCGCAUUCAGGUCGACGGCGAGCUGGCCCCCGGAGUCAGCUCCAAGGACGUUGUCCUCCACGCCAUUGGCAAGAUUGGCACCGCCGGCGGUACUGGUGCUGUCAUCGAGUUCUGCGGCUCCGUCAUCCGCGCCCUCAGCAUGGAGGCCCGCAUGUCCAUCUGCAACAUGUCCAUCGAGGGCGGAGCCCGCGCCGGCAUGGUUGCCCCGGAUGAGACCACCUUUGAGUAUCUCAAGGGCCGGCCCCUGGCCCCCAAGUAUGGCUCCGCCGAGUGGGACGCCGCCGUGUCGUUCUGGAAGUCGCUGCGAUCCGACCCGGACGCCAAGUACGACGUCGACGUCUUCAUCGACGCCAAGGACAUCAUCCCCACCGUCACCUGGGGUACCAGCCCCGAGGACGUGAUCCCCAUCACGGGCGUCGUCCCCGACCCGGAGACGUUUGCCACCGAGACCAAGAAGGCCUCUGGCCGGCGCAUGCUCGAGUACAUGGGCCUCACCGCCGGCACGCCCAUGGAGGACAUCUCUGUCGACAAGGUCUUCAUCGGCUCCUGCACAAACUCGCGCAUCGAGGACCUGCGCGCCGCCGCCCACGUUGUCAAGGGCCGCCGGGUCGCCCCCAACAUCAAGCGCGCCAUGGUGGUCCCCGGCUCUGGCUUGGUCAAGACCCAAGCCGAGGAGGAGGGACUGGACCAGAUCUUCGUGGACGCUGGCUUUGAGUGGCGAGAGGCCGGCUGCAGCAUGUGCCUCGGCAUGAACCCGGAUAUCCUGUCGCCCAAGGAGCGCUGCGCCAGCACGUCAAACCGAAACUUUGAGGGUCGUCAGGGUGCCCAGGGCCGGACACAUCUCAUGUCUCCCGUCAUGGCCGCCGCGGCCGCCAUUGUCGGCAAGCUGGCCGACGUCCGCAAGCUCGCCGAGUACGGCGCCAGCCCCCACGUCCAGGCGAGGAUCUCGCCGUCGGCCACGCCCCGCAUCGACGAGAGAGUCGAGGAGGAUGAGCACGAGAGGGAGAUGAUUUGCGACCAGCCCGAAGACUCGUCGCCUCAGACCAACACGCACGCCCCCCACACGGGAGCGUCCGCCGGCCUGCCCAAGUUCCUCACCCUCAAGGGCAUCGCCGCGCCCCUCGAGAUGGCCAACGUCGACACGGACGCCAUCAUCCCCAAGCAGUUCCUCAAGACCAUCAAGCGCACCGGCCUGGGCACCGCGCUGUUCCACGCCCUGCGCUACAACCCCGACGGCUCCGAGAACCCCGAGUUCGUGCUGAACCAGGAGCCGUACCGCGGCGCAAAGAUCCUCGUCUGCACGGGCGCCAACUUUGGCUGCGGCAGCUCCCGCGAGCACGCCCCCUGGGCGCUGCUCGACUUUGGCAUCAAGUGCGUCAUCGCGCCCUCGUUUGCCGACAUCUUCUUCAACAACACGUUCAAGAACGGCAUGCUGCCCAUCCAGAUCGCCAACAAGGCCGACCUCGAGGCCAUCGCCGACGAGGCCCGCGCCGGCCGCGACGUCGAGGUGGACCUGCCGGCGCAGGCCAUCAAGAACUCGGCCGGCGACACCAUCUGCCGCUUCGACGUGGAGGAGUUCCGCAAGCACUGCCUGGUCGACGGUCUCGACGACAUUGGCCUGACGAUGCAGCUCGAGGACAAGAUCACGGCCUUUGAGCGCAAGAUGACGGAGCAGACGCCCUGGCUCGACGGGUCGGGCUACCUGCGCCGCAACGGCCGCGGCGGCAAGCUGCCCGUCAAGGCGGUGCCGGUGCCCAAGACGAACCGUGGGGAGGAGAAGAAGGAGCCGCUCGAGUGGUAA